CGCGGCCUGACGGGACUCGGCGGCGGGAGUCUGCGGGUUUUUUUUCCUCUCAGCAGUGGCCUGGGAGGCACGCACGCGGUGUAGCGCAAGAUGGCGGAUGCAGAAGUGACUGUUUUGCCAAAGAAGCAUAAGAAGAAAAAGGACCGGAAGCCAUUACAAGAAGAUGAUGUAGCUGAAAUACAAUAUGCUGAAGAAUUUCUUAUCAAACCAGAGUCUAAGGUGGCUCAGUUGGACACUUCUCAGUGGCCUUUGUUGUUAAAGAAUUUUGAUAAGCUGAAUGUAAGGACAACACACUAUACACCUCUUCCUUGUGGUUCAAAUCCUCUGAAGAGAGACAUUGGGGACUAUAUCAGGACAGGUUUCAUUAAUCUUGACAAGCCCUCUAACCCCUCUUCCCAUGAGGUGGUGGCCUGGAUCCGACGAAUACUUCGGGUGGAGAAGACAGGACAUAGUGGCACCCUGGAUCCCAAGGUGACUGGGUGUUUAAUUGUGUGCAUAGAACGAGCCACUCGCUUGGUGAAAUCACAACAGAGUGCAGGCAAAGAGUAUGUGGGAAUUGUCCGGCUGCACAAUGCUAUUGAAGGGGGGACCCAGCUUUCUAGGGCCUUGGAAACACUGACAGGAGCCCUAUUUCAGCGACCCCCGCUCAUUGCUGCCGUAAAGAGGCAGCUCCGAGUGAGGACUAUCUAUGAGAGCAAAAUGAUUGAAUAUGAUCCUGAAAGAAGGCUAGGAAUCUUUUGGGUGAGUUGUGAGGCCGGCACCUAUAUUCGGACUCUGUGUGUGCACCUUGGUUUGUUGCUGGGAGUUGGUGGUCAAAUGCAGGAACUUCGGAGGGUUCGUUCUGGAGUCAUGAGUGAAAAGGACCACAUGGUAACAAUGCAUGAUGUACUUGAUGCUCAAUGGCUGUAUGAUAACCAUAAAGAUGAGAGUUACCUCCGGCGUGUCAUUUAUCCUUUGGAAAAGCUGUUGACAUCUCAUAAACGACUGGUUAUGAAAGAUAGUGCGGUGAAUGCAAUCUGCUAUGGGGCCAAGAUCAUGCUUCCAGGUGUUCUCCGAUAUGAGGACGGCAUUGAGGUCAACCAGGAGAUUGUGGUCAUUACCACCAAAGGGGAAGCAAUCUGCAUGGCUAUUGCAUUAAUGACCACAGCCGUGAUUUCUACCUGUGACCAUGGUAUAGUAGCCAAGAUUAAGAGAGUUAUCAUGGAGAGAGACACUUACCCUCGCAAGUGGGGUUUAGGUCCAAAGGCAAGUCAAAAGAAGCUAAUGAUCAAGCAGGGCCUUCUGGAUAAGCAUGGCAAACCUACAGACAGCACCCCUGCCUCCUGGAAGCAAGAGUAUGUUGACUACAGUGAUUCUGUCAAAAAAGAAGUGGUUACUCAAGCAGAAAAAGGCCCACAGUUAGUUGCUGAAGUGGUAAAAGUUCCGCAAGUAGUUGCUGAAGCAGUAAAAGUCACAAAGCGAAAGCGAGAGAGUGAGAGUGAAAGUGAUGAGACCCCUCCAGCAGCUCUUCCCUUGAUCAAGAAGGAAAAGAAAAAGAAGAAUAAGGACAAGAAGGCCAAAGCUAUGCUAGAGAGUGGGGGCGAGCCUGGAGAUGGGGACAGUGAUACCACCAAGAAGAAGAAAAAGAAGAAGAAAGCAAAGGUGGUAGAAGUGGCAUCUGACUAGUAAAGGCUGCUGUAAGCAUUGUGUCCAGCUGGGAAGAAAAAGCCUUGUUGUAAAAACAGUUUUAGUUAAGGGAAUGGAACAAAGGUCCAGAACAGGGUAGAGUUGUACACUCUGCUGCUACUUGACACCUCAGUGAUGUUACCUGGUGUGGUCAUGCCAUCGUGUCCUGUUUUAAGGAUAUGGGUGAUGAAAGAGGCAGACCUUAUGCCAUCAACUUCUCUGCUUCAGUUGGGAAGCCUCACCUUCAGACCUAGUACUGUCCAGUGGAACUGCAGCUACUAAAGGCCAUUUUAAACAACCUCACAGUCCUUUCCUAAUUUGGUUUUUUAAGCCCCCCUCAUUUAAAAAGUCCAUAUAUGUUAAGACUGCUCAUGAAAUAAUAUAAAACCCUCUAAGUGAAAGGUGUAACUGAGUCACAUGUUCACUGGGCACAGCUUGCCUGCAGUGUCCUGUGAGGACAGCGAUACAGUGUGGUGUAGGUGUGGACCGCUAGGCUUGGGUGGUAUCUAUCUUCUCUUUGGCCCAGUUCUCAGUCUUUUGUACACUUCUCCAAAACUUCCAUACAGCAGAUUUAUCCCAUCCAUCUGGCUACUUGUGUUUGUGAUGGAAGCUGCACUGUCCUGUCUCCUCGUGUUUAACCUUUAUUUACUGUUGAACAGAUUUGCUCAUUGCUGGGAGAAGAAUUAUGGUUUUUACUUAUUAAAAUUAACUCAUGACAUUUU